CUAGAUUGUGUUCUAUGUUUAUGUCACCAGGAGGCAUCCAGGAGGUUCUCCAUUCCCACCCCAGGACUGGAGAACCAACUGAAACAGGAGAACUUCAUCCUGGGCAGCUCAACCAUGGACCAGGUGAAAGGAGUACUGACUCUACAGGGAGAAGCCCUGACUCAAGCUGACAUCAAUCUGAAAACUGCUAAAAGCAACCAAGUGAUGCAUUUCACAUUCAGGGAUGAUAAGCACUGGAAAUUACAACAGAUCCAGGAUGCUAGGAACCAUGUGAAUCAGGCUCUGCAGCUGCUGAGUGGUAGAGAUGAGAGCUACCACUUUAAGACUGGGGCUGAGGUCAACAAGCUGAUGGACGCAGUGAUGCUCCAGCUGACCAGGGCUCGUAACCGCCUCACCACUCCGGCAGCCAUGACCCUGCCGGAGCUGGCCACCAGCGGCCUCAUGAAAAUGUUCACUCCUCCAAUGCCAGGCGAUGUGAUGGUGAACUUCUAUAUCAACCUGAGUAAGCUGUGUCUGACUGUCUACCAGCUGCACGCAAUGCAGCCCAACACCACCAAGAACUUCAAGCCAUCUGGAAGCUCCGUGUUACACAACCCCGGAGCCAUGUU